AUGAAGGCCGCCAUCCUGGCCAUCCUGCCCCUCAGCAGCCUCGGACUAGCUGCCGUUCUAUCCCGCAGGCGUAUCGGAGGAGGAAUUGGCGCAAUCGGUGCAAUUGGCGCAGGAUUAUCGGGCCAGUCGGGCUCCGACUGCCGCACCUGGACGAACGGGUGCGCCGAGCCAACCUGCCCACAACACCAGGUCUACGUCCGCGGCUAUUGUGUGGAUAGCAGCGCUCCCCAGAUCAGCUGCGUCAUAGGCCAGAUGUACGAUACGGUGAACCGCAAAUGCGUGCCCAUCCCCGCGGGCCGGCCGGGCUCGACCAUAGAUCCGUGCCAAGAUGGCUUCACGUGGAUCAGAACAUGCAAGGGUUGCGGCACGUACGGCCCGGAUGACGGCUAUUGCCUGUCUGACGAGUGCCCUUCAUACUGCAACGGCGAGUGCGACGAACGGGGCAUGUGCGCCUGGUGGUGGGGUUGA